UAAAUAAAAUGUACUGUGUUUGUGACUGGGCUGAGAACUGGCUAAACACACUGUGGAGGUGGCUCUGUCCACACAGCUGUACCUUUAAUCCAUCAGGGACUUGCACUGCAGCGAGCUGGGUCCUUUACGUUAAGGAGGCAACCGAGUAGUUUAUAAGGAUGCAGUUGUCAUACACCGGCUUUCUCAUUCUCCUCCGUGUUUGCAUAGAAGAUGGGGAGAGGGUUGGUUUUUUUUUUUUCUUUCUUCACAGGACUUCAGUCUAUUUAUGGUAUUACUGCAUUGUAGCGUUGUGAACCAGGAGUGCUGCAGAGAUCAGCACUGAACACCAAUUCGGUGCCACUCACCCGGCUCUCCGACACCGAACCCCGGCACAGCCCCGGGCAAACCACACCGGCCCCGGGCAAAAGAGGCAAAACGCUGCUUGGCUUGUCUGCUCUCCCUGCCGGUGCUGUCAUUGAGCUCUCCCCGUCCCAGCACGAGGUGUGAGAUGGCAGGGUGACUGUGCUGCUCCUCAGAUCCUGACAGCUUGAAUGUCACCUUGGGUGAACGGGGACUUACUGACAGGGUUUUGCUGCAUCUGGACUGUUUCCAUGAGAAUCGGUGUUUAGGCAAUAUUUGGAACUGGUGAAGUUUUAGAAAAUCACGGUUUUAUAUAUAAAAGUCACAGAAAAUUUUCCCAGGCUGAGCCCUGUUGUGAUUUUGGUAAAAGUACUUUUGAUAAAAGACAAAUAUGUUUCCCUUAAAUAGAAGGAAAAGUUUGGGCUUGCACGACAGUGAAAAUUUGGGCUUUUUUACUAAGAUGUAAUAAUUUCAACUUUAAAACCAACUUAUUACUCUAAAAUGCUGACAUCCUUUAGUUUUCAAGAACAAAAUUCCACAAUCAGUCAUCUCUUUUUAAAGCAGAUGGUUACAUCUCAGUGACUGUAUUAAUGCCUGGCCCUUUACUAACACAAUGGAUGGAUUCAAGGGGGACCAUCAGUACCAUGGAAAUCGAGUCUAUCAGAAAUCAUUUUCAUCACCUCAUUUUGUCACCUUGGAUCAUAUAAACCGAGUACACCUUUUCCCAAAUACUGACCCUGCUGCCAAUAAAAAAAAAAUAAUUGCUGAAUUAAAAGCCUAUUUUACUCUCUUUUUGCUGCACUUAGAUUAUAAGCUGGUGAGAAAAUAUGAUGGUUUGGUUCCCCGGGAAUUUUGUUCCCCAGGGAGAGUAUUUCAUGGUCACAUAGUUUAAUAUGCAAAUGCCAGUACAUUUCACCUUUUGCUCAUGUAAGAGUUUUUGUUUUCCAUCUCCUGCUCUCCCUUUGCCCUGCCCCUCACUCACAAAUUCUCCAGGCUGGUGGGUUUCAUGCAACUGUUGCUCAUUCACAUUUUCUUUCCUGCAGAGGGUAGUAAAAAAAUGGGUGAAUAAAACAGGGAAACUGGCCAACCCUCAGUUAACUGGACACGUUAAUUUUUGGUGGGGAGAUGCUGUUGGCCGAACACCUGUAGAGGUGCAGGUGGAGAGAGGACAGAAGGAGGAGGAAGGAAGGCAGCAGCUUCAGAAGACAGGAGAGGAGCCAUGCUGGGGUCCAGGACAUGGAGGAGUCCCUGUUUUGGCCCGUGGAGGUGACCCCAGGAGGAUGGGAGGCUGUGUGUGCCGUGAGACACCGAGCACAGCCCAGGGGCACGAGCGGAAGGAACCGGGAGAUGCUGUGGAGUCCCAGGAGCUGGAGCUGUGCCUCCUUCCCAAGGGCUGUGGCUGAGGGUGGCAUUGGCUGUUUAUUUCUUAGUAGGGUUGAUAUUAAUGUUGUCUCCAGCUCCUGGGUGGGAUGCAUCACCAGGGAGCUAUUCCAGCCAAAAGGGAGUGAGACUCGUCCCACUCCCGUCCUUCCAGUCCAGAGCCACUUCCUAAGGCAGGGACUUGUUCUGGGCCCUUCUCUGGAGACUCUGGUUCACACACGGGACCCAGCCCGAGAGCAGUGCCUCAGAAAGCAGCAGGGCCAUGGAUGGACAGGUUCCUAGGGGUCUGCAGGUUCAAGACACGUGAUUGCCAAGACAUUUUCUUAUUUCUCUGGAGCCCCAAGAAACCUGCAGCUGACUGCAGACCAGCUGGGCAGAGCCAGUGGCUGGGAUUUGCUUUUCCUUCUUGCUCUGGGCCAUGCUGGGAAGGGGGUUUGGAGGAGAGGAGAGGUGUGAUGAGGUGCCCCAGGCCUCAGGUGACGUGGGGUGACGUUCAUCUGAUGCAGGAAGUGACUCUGAGGAGACCACUGGAAAAUCAGGAAGGGCCUGAUUUCACGGAGCUGCAGGUGCAGAGCCUGUGGCACCGGUGGGAUGGGACAGCCCUUGCUGUUUUGUGGGCAGAAGAGCUCGAUUCUCCAAUCUGCCUGAUGGAGAGGAGGCUGGCUGGGGCUCUGGGUAACCAAGCCCAUACCCUGCUGAUAUUUCAGCACCACUCUAAGGUGGGAACUGCUGGGUAGCCCCAAGCACAAAAAUGCUGAAAACGGGUAAUCAGCCAAAUGGUUCAGUGCCUUUGAAACUGUUUGCUGCCAGAUCCCCUUUGGGAAAGGACAGGGAUGGUAAGGACAGCACAGACCUCUCCCAGCACGGCUGGUGUCCUCUGAGAGCGUGGUUUUAAUGGAGCAAAGUCCUGAGCAGUAGAAUCAGUGCAUGCCCUUCCCUCCUGCUUUGGCAUUUGUUUCUGUCCAGGCUCUUCACAGUUGGGCUGGCACAACUGCCUGGCCACUCAGGAAAACAGCCCGAGGAACAGAGCUGGCUUUUUAAAAAGCACAGCCAACAAAACCUCUGCUAUUUUUAUCCCUGCAAAUCCAGACUUCCCAAAGUGCCCUGAACAUCCAGGUGUAGCAAAAUGUGAUGCUGCCAUCGCCCUGGCCACUCGCUGCUCUUCACUGCAGGCAUGAGAUUUGUCCUCCAUAUCCAAACCAAAGCAAAAUAUCCUAUUAUAAAAGAAAAAAAAAAAGGAAAGUUGUUUUUUUUUUUUUUUCCUUGGAGACCUCAGCUAUUUGAGGUUUUCCUUGCAAAAGUGCCUGUGCUUUUCAAAUGCUGUUGCACACUGCUGACAAGGCAUCCAAAGGCAUUUAAACCUCUGGACAUCACAGCGGUUCCCAGUUUCAGCCUGAGUUUCCUGCCUACCCCGAGGGGAUUGCAGAUGGAGAGCCUGACUCCAGGGAGUGUGCCAAAGGGACCUGGUGAAAAAUAGCACUGCAGGCAGCCCUGACCAGGGGAGCUCCAAACACGCUGUGCUUGGGGAAGGGUGAUCCAAAGUGGUCUGAUGAGAGCCCAGCCAAAGGGAACCUACCCUGGGUUGAGAUGAUCUCACUGGUGGACUGCUCUCCUGAGAGCUUAACGUGGAUUUUCUAUCCAUUGCACCUAAUCAUGCCCUCCCCUGUUGCCUUGUCAGAGCAUUUUCACAGCUAGACAAGCAACCUGGUCUGCUGGAAGGUGUCCCUGCUCGUGGCAGGGGGUUGGAACGAGGUGAUCUUUAAGGUCCCUUCCAACCCAAACCAUCCUGUGAUUCUGUGAUUUGUGCCUCUCAUUUCGGGGUGCAUUAACAAGCAAAUGACACGUUAAGAGCCCAGCUCUUUGGUGUAUUGUUUCAGCCACGGGAAAAGCGUUUUACAACAGCUCAGACUUGUGUCUUGGGGAAAAAACAACGGGGAAAUCUACGUAAAGGUGGGGUUUCCAGAAGCAGGACUUAAUUAGCAAAAGGAAGUGAGGAAACCAGCAAUUAGGCAGCUACUCCAGCCCUAGAGGGCAGCACGAAAUAAUAAAUAAAAAGCUGAGCUCUCAGGCAAUUUGAAAUCAUCUUCUGUGUGACAGACGUACCCCUUUGCAAUGGGAAUUCUUCCUGGCAGAUCCAGUAGAUUCAGCACUGUGUACUUGGAGUCAAAGAUUCAGCAGCUCGCCUGAAAAUGCCUUUAUCGAGGUCCCUAAUUCCUGCCUCGUGCCAUGAAACCCCCCCAGGCGUGUUGUAGCCAGGGCUGGAGCCCCGUCCUGCCCCAGGCUGCUGUCACACCCUCGCUGGUGGGGCGGCUGCAAAGAGAAAGAGUGAUUUCUUCCAGGACAGGUUUCCAAAUCCUUGGGUUUAUAUUUAUCAGCCAUGAAUUUUAAACAUUUAAUCCUCGAGCGCUGCUUCCCUAGAGAUGCGGGGGGGAGAUUUAGGUGCGGGAGGCUGCAAUCCUCCGGGAAUGUAAGACACAACCCCCCGGAGCAAACACCGGCCGUGCCCCGCACGCAGCCGAGCAGUGGCAUUGCCAGCAAGUGCCUUGUUCCCCUGAGCAAACCCACAGCCCGAUCCCGACGGUUCCUCUGGCAAAAGUCCCCCCGUUUCCCAACGCCUGCCCCAAGGAAGGGCUGCAGGAUGUCGCACAGUAGCCGACUCCGUCCGGAGCACGGCGGUGGCCGGGACCCAGCGAGAGCCCGGGGAGCGGUGCAGAGGAAGACAAGCAGCGUAAUUUAAAGCAGACACUGGCCCAAAUAAGGCUAUUUCCCUGGAAAUGCCUCCGUUCUGGAGCUACGAGUGAGCCUCCAGGAGUCCUGAAUGGGCGAGGGCGAAGCUGAGGAGUGAUUCCAUCGGUCCCAGGACUGGAUCGGUUCUGAAGAGCUGGAUAUGCUUUUCAAAGGGAUGAUAAGCGGUGUUUGGGGAUGCGAGAAACCCUUGAAACAAGAACCAUGAAACUGUACAUCCUCCUCCUCCUGGCAGUGGUGAACACAGGGACCUCUCACUGUCAGCCCUCAGAGGGGCCAUCCUGUGAAAUGGCAAACUCUCAGGCACUUUGCCACAGCAGAGACCUCCACCAGAUCCCUCAGGGGCUCCACCCACACGUAAACAAAAUCGAUCUGUCUGGAAACCUGAUUCAGAGCGUCCCUGAGACGUCGCUGUCGCCCUACAGCUCCCUGCAGUGCCUGGACCUGAGCUCCAACCAGAUCAGCUCCAUCACACCCGGGGCCUUUGCACACAUGAAGAGCCUGCUGGAAAUAAAUCUAGCCAACAACCACUUGUAUGAACUGGCUCAGAAUGGCACGGAGGGCAUCGGGCUCUUGCCCGGGGUGGAAGUGCUGGACUUGUCCCACAACAGCCUGUACAAUGGGAUGGCUGAGCACUUCAUCCAGCAGGCUCCAGCCCUGCGCUACCUGUCCCUGGCGGACAACAGCAUCAUAGUCAUAUCACAUAGGAUGUUCCAGGGCUCUCCCGGCCUCGUGGAGAUAGAUCUUCAGAGCAAUAUCAUCAUGGAGAUACAAGAAGGUGCUUUUGAGACUCUAGUGAACCUUUCCAAACUCAAUCUCUCAAUGAAUUCAAUUACUUGCAUCUCUGAUUUCAACCUCAGGCAGCUGGAGAUACUUGACCUUAGCAGGAACAGCAUUGAGACCUUCUACACCACAAAGUCAGAUGAUGAGUAUAGCUUAAGAUGUUUGGAUCUGAGUGAAAACAAACUGCUUCACUUCCCAGUGUUCCCUCAGGUAAAUAAGCUGGUAACUCUGAACUUAUCAAAGAAUUUAAUCCAGCUCACUGCUGAAUCCCCUCCUAAUAAAAUGGACUACGUGGAAAACGAAUGGCUGGAUGCUUCUUUCCAUCUUCUUGAUCAGAAGCAAAGUAGAAACAAAAGUUCUCUUUAUUUAUCCCACCUUGUACAUUUAGACUUAAGUUAUAAUGAAAUCCAAUCCAUUCCGGAUGAGUUCUUUGAAUCCAUGUUGUCCCUUCACACCCUUAACCUCAGUAAAAACUGUCUUCAGGCAUUUGCAGUGACUUAUGACAGUGCAUUGACCUCCCUCACUGUCCUGGACUUGAGCUACAACGUCCUGCAGAACCUUCUCCUCGAUGCUGGCGUGUUGUCAAACCUGAAGGAGCUCUACGUUCAGAACAACCACCUUCAAACCCUGCAGUUUGACAUCUUCUCAAGCCUUCCCAGCCUCAGGCUGCUCAACCUGCAGAGCAACAACAUCAGCCUUUGCAGCAUGUACUCAGGAUUAGCUAAGCAGAGGCUUGCAGGGGAGGAAAGUGGCUGUGUGUCCUUUGUGGAUUCUCCUGCUCUUCAGUGCCUGUACCUGGCUGACAACAUGCUGAGCAUCCUCCCAGCAUACACCCUGUACAAGACUCCUCUGGUUGUCUUGGACCUCUCCCUGAACCCUGGGCUGAAAAUAGAACUGAAAGCAUUAUCGGGUCUGGAAAAGUCUCUGGAGUAUUUGUAUUUACAUGGUAACAGGCUGAUAGAUUUAAACAUUGACUUGCCUUGUUUCAGUCACCUUAAACAUUUAAACCUCUCUGAAAAUCAGCUGAACUGGCUGCCAAAGUGGGGGAGUGACUCUCCACUGGAAGUUCUGGACCUACGGAACAACAGGUUCAGCACAUUACAGAACAGCAACAUUUUAGCAUUAGAAAAUUCACUUAAAAACUUGUAUCUCACUGGGAACCCACUGAACUGCUGCGGAAACAUCUGGCUUUCAUCCAUGAUCCAGAACAAGAACGUCCAGAUCCCCAACGUGGAGCACUUGACGUGCCAGUACACCCAGAACUUCGGGUACCAGGAGGAGAUGCACGUGGGGAACAUCAGGCCAGAAGACUGUGAAAAAGAGGACCUGAAGAAGGUCAACUUCCUCCUCAUACUAACAUUCGUGUUGGUCCUGUCCGUGCUGGUCAUCGGCGUGGGGUCCUUCUUCUGCUUCCGCAGGCAGAACUUCAGCCCUCAGCUCAAAGCCAAGGGGACACAAAGCGCCCUGAGGACUGAGAGGAUCAGGUGCUGCACCGACAGCGUGUAGGGACGAAGGGCGAAAUUCUCGCCUUUGAUUUGUAACUGUGGAUUAUUUUAAGGUGCUUUUGAAGUGCCCCCUGGGGUGGUCUGGGCUGCGGGGGCUGGAAGGAGGAUUUGCCAGUCACAGUCCACAGUUCCACUCAAAGAGGAGAAACUCGGCCCUCGCCUGCAACACCUAUUUAACUGGGUUUAAUGUGAAGAAAUUCCUCUCUGGGGCGAACACCUUCAAAAAGAAAGACCCUGGAGAAUGAAUUUCAACCAGCUGACAUUGGACUGGCUGAAAUGUUUGUAUUUCUGAGGAAAAACUGUUGGGAACUCGCUGCAUGCGGUUGCAUUUCAGUGCAGAAGAAUAAUAUAUCUAUUUUUAAGGGUCACAGGAGGUUAGACUGCCAAAAGGUGUUUUGAAGAUGCCAGUGUGAAAUAAGGCAUAGGGAACAUAGUCCUGGCCAUUAUUCAGACCAGAUGCCCACUGUCUUUCCACAAAAAUAUAUUGUUGUCUACAGGAUGGGCUGCAAGAAAUGUCAUGCAGCCCCUCAUUCUGGGAGGGGUUUACCAUGGCUGAGCUGUUAAUUGCUGACACUGAUCAAUGUUAUGCCCUGCACUGACAGAAAAUUCACCCUUUUAAAGGGAACACGACAGUGAGUGGGAGCCCGACCUGCUAACAGGGUUCAGUGGCUUUGAAAAGGAGCCAAAUCAGGGUUUCUGUUAAUGCCAGGAACUGUACAUUCAGGCACAGGAGAGAAACAGAGGUCAGACUGAAACCUGCCCAGGUGAAUAACUCAGAGUCAAAUUGCUGCUCCAUUUCUGUUUCUUCCAGCUGGUGAAUGUCAAAAUUAACACACUACAAAAAGGUGUAAAAUUUUAGUUUUUAAGCAGUUAUGUAAGAAGCUGGCUGGUGAUUUUCAUUGUGGGAUUUUGUACAAUAAAAACACCUUCGAAUUUUGCAAAAAGCACAAGGCUGUGGAUAUAUUAAAGCAACAGCUUGGGAAGCUCUACAGAUGAAAACAAACGUCUUCCUAUUUUUCCACGGUGCUCAGACUCCACCUCAGACCUUUGCCUCCUGGUCCUGAAGCAGGGACAGCUGUUCCACAUCUUAGAGUGCAGCCAGUGGAGAAUAAGGAGAUCUACUGGGGAUGUGGGCAAGAAUUUGGCAUGGGUUGCCCAGAGAAGCUGUGGCUGCCCCAGCCCUGGCAGUGCCCAAGGCCAGGCUGGAUGGGGUUUGGAGCACCCUGGGCUGGUGGAAGGUGUCCCUGCCCACGGCAGGGGGGUGAAUGGGGUGAGCUUUAAGGUCCCUCCCAGCCCAAACCACUGUGGGAUGUCUGUGAUUCUGUGACUUUGCAGGAACCACCAGCAGCAGUGGGGCCUGACCCCAGAGUGCAGAAGGCAGUGGGCAGCACCAUGAAUCCUGUGGGAGGUUUGCACCAGCAGCACUGCCAGGGAUCAGCUGGAAGCCCAGUGCUGAAGGUGGUGUGAGAGCCCCUGAGCUGUGCCCAGCUGGUGUGCCAGUGUGAGGAGCAUGGCAAGGCUCUGUGUCCUCCUGAGAGCCAGGAUUAGCUUGGCUGCCGUGACUGCAGUUAGUUAAUAACCUGAGACAGAGCCAAAAGCCACUUAAUUAACGUUUUUAACACUGCUUUUGUUUGGCCCCACCGAAAGGAAGUGCUUGUUAUUACUAAACAUCUGGGACUAAUUAGACUUCCAUGGACUUCCCUGGGAGCAGAAACUGCUUUCUUGAGGAAUAAAGCUCAGGAGUAAAGUGCA